AUGGCGACUGGUGCUUUUAAAAUUUUGGUCCUGCCCGGCGACCAUGUCGGGCCUGAAGUGGUGCGCGAGGCGUUACGCGUAUUGGAUGUCGUGCAAGAGUGCCGCCCAGGCCUUACAUUCAACAUCACCACCGGCUUGGCUGGAGGCUGCAGCCUCGAUGCACAUGGAGUGGCCAUUACCGAAGAGGUUCUUGAGCAAGCUGCCCAGAGUGACGCUGUGCUCUUUGGCAGCGUCGGCGGGCCGAAAUGGGCUACAACGGUACCCAACCCCGAGUCUGGCCUGCUCCUCCUUCGCAAAAAGCUCGACGCCUUUGCCAACCUGCGCCCGUGCAACAUUAUUGUGCCGGCGUUGGUGGGCGCGUCGCCGAUCAAAGCCGAUCUGGUCAAAGGCACCAACUUCAUCGUUGUGAGGGAAAACUGCGGCGGCGCGUACUUUGGCACAAAGGUGGAAGAAGCCGACGUUGCGUCGGACUUGUGGGUGUACACGCCCAAGGAAGUCGAGCGAUGUGGGCGAGUCGCUGCAGCGGUUGCUCGCAUCAUGACGCGGCCCGAGGAUGCGACCGGCAACCACAACAAGCCCGCAGUGGUAUGGAGCGCUGACAAGGCCAAUGUCUUAGCCAGCGGUCGUUUGUGGAGGCGUGCAACUACGAGCCUGUUCGAGCGCGAGUACCCUGAUAUCGAGCUGCGUCAUCAACUCGCUGACAGCAUGGCAAUGCUCAUGGUCCGGAACCCGCGCGGAUUCAAUGGAGUGAUUCAUACCGACAACACUUUUGGCGACAUCUUGUCGGACAUUUCUGGUGCUAUCGUGGGGACGCUGGGCACGCUGCCAAGUGCAAGCCUUUCUGGGAUACCGGGCGAGGGAAAGUGUAAUGGAAUCUACGAGCCUGUGCACGGAAGCGCCCCAGAUAUUGCCGGCAAAGGCAUGGUCAACCCUGUCGCUCAAAUCUUGAGCUUGGCCAUGCUCCUACGAUACUCGUGCCUUCUCGUUGACGAGGCUGCGGCCAUUGAAGCCGCAGUCGCCAAAGUGCUAGAUGACAAGAGUCAGGGAGGACUGGAGAUUCGGACUGGGGAUAUGGGCGGUAAAGCAUCCACUGCGGAACUGGGCUCAGCUGUCUGCGGUGUGUUACGGGAACGUCUGAACAAGAGGGCGUAA